AUGAAGCUCCUCUUCCUCACCAGCCUGCUGGUGGUUUUCCCAGUGGUCUCUAUGAAGAGUCCCAUAUUUGGUCCCCAGGAGGUGAGCAGUGUGGAAGGUGGCUCAGCCUCCAUCACAUGCUACUAUCCGGCCACCUCUGUCAAUCGGCAUACCCGGAAGUACUGGUGCCGGCAGGGAGCCAAGGGCCGCUGCACAACCCUCAUCUCUUCGGAGGGCUACAUCUCCAAGGAUUAUGAGGGCAGAGCCAAGCUCACCAACUUCCCCGAGAACAGCACAUUUGUGGUCAACAUUGGCCAUCUCACCCGGAAUGACUCUGGACGCUACAAGUGUGGUCUGGGCAUUAGUAGCCGAGGCCUCAACUUUGAUGUGAGCCUGGAGGUCAGCCAGGGUCCUGGGGUCGGAGAUGACACUGAAGUCUACAUAGCUGACUUGGGCGGAACAGUGACCAUUAACUGCCCUUUCAAGUCCGAAAAUUCUGAGAAAAGGAAGUCUGUGUGCAAGAAGACAGGCCAGUUCUGUGUCCUAGUCACUGACUCCAAUGGGUAUGUGAACCCCAACUAUAGCAACAGAACAGUCAUCGAUAUUGAUGGUACCAGUCAAGUAACGUUCAGUUUCAUUAUCAAACGAAUCCGGCUCAGUGAUGCUGGGAUAUACGUCUGCCAGGCUGGGGAUGAUUCCAGUAAUGAUAAGCACAAUGUUGACCUCCAAGUGCUGAAGCCUGAGCCUGAACUGCUUUAUGGAGACCUGAGGGGCUCAGUGACCUUUGACUGUGCCCUGGGCUCUGAGGUGGCAGAUGUGUCCAAAUUUCUGUGCCGAAUGAGCAAUGGGGAAGACUGCGACGUGGUCAUCAACACCCUGGGGAAGAGGUCUAAGGAUUUUGAGGGCAGGAUCCUGCUCACUCCCAGGGACCAAGGCUUCUUCAGUGUGCAUAUCACCGGCCUGAGGAAAGAGGAUGCAGGGUACUACCUGUGUGGAGCCCACUCUGAUGGCCAACCUCAUGAAGGCUCACCCACUCAGAUAUGGCAACUCUUUGUCAAUGAAGAGACCACGAUGCCCCAGAGUCCCUCUGUGGUGAAAGGUGUGGUCGGAGGCUCCGUGGCAGUGCUUUGCCCCUACAACCCUAAGGAAGCAGAUAGCCUAAAGUACUGGUGUCGCUGGGAAGACACUCCAAAUGGCCGCUGCCAGCAGCUGGUAGAGAGUGAGGGGCUGGUUAAUGAACAGUAUGAGGGCAGACUCGCGCUAUACAAAGAGCCAGGCAAUGGCACCUAUACAGUCCUACUCAACCAGCUCACCAAUGAGGACGCUGGCUUCUACUGGUGUCUGACCAGUGGCGAUACUCGCUGGAGGUCCACAGUGGAGCUCAAGAUUGUCGAAGGAGAACCGAGCCUCAAGGCACCCAAGAACGUCACUGCUUGGGUGGGAGAGACUUUCAAGCUCCCCUGCCACUUCCCGUGCAAAUACUACUCCUAUGAGAAAUACUGGUGCAAGUGGAGUAACAAAGGGUGCAAGACCCUGCCCACCCAAGAUGAUGGCCCCAGCCAGGCCUUCGUGAACUGUGACCAGAAGAGCCAGAUAAUUUCCCUGACCCUGAACCCAGUUGCCAAGGAGGAUGAAGGCUGGUACUGGUGCGGGGUGAAGGAAGGCCACCGAUACGGGGAGACCAUGGCUGUCUAUGUGGCAGUCGAGGAGAGGGUAAGGGGGUCCCAAGAUGUCAGCCAAGUGAGGGCUGCUCCUGGUGAAGAGGAAGUAGAGUCAAGUGUCAGGAAGACUGAGAACAAAGUGAUUCAGGAUCCCAGGCUUUCUGUGGAGGACAGACCAGUGAAGGAUACUGGAGACCCCGCUGGUGAGAGCAGAGCAUCCGCGGACACGGACAGCUCUGCGGGACAAGGCAGGAGCUCCAAAGUUCUUGUCUCUACCCUGGUGCCCCUGGGCCUGGUGCUGGCACUGGGGGCCGUGGUAGUGGGGGUGCUCAGAGCACGGCACAGGAAGAAUGUUGAUCGGAUUUCGGUUAGAAGCUACAGGACAGACAUUAGCAUGUCGGACUUCGAGAACUCCAGGGAAUUUGGUGCCAAUGACAACAUGGGAGCCUCUCAAGUCACUCAGGAAACAUCUCUUGGAGGAAAAGAUGAGUUCAGCGCCACCACUGGGAAUACCAUGGAGACGGAAGAACCCAAGAAACCAAAAAGGUCCUCCAAGGAGGAAGCUGAUAUGGCCUACACUGCCUUCUUGCUCCAGACCAACAACAUGGCUGCCGACGUCCAGGGGGCACCCAGUGAAGCCUAG